GGCCGCCGCCGAGGGAAGGGCUCCGGGUUGCAGGCCGCACUCCGGGCCGUGCAGGGCUCCGGCGAGGCGGCUGCGGGGAUGAGCGGGUCCCUGGGCCGCGCGGCGGCGGCUUUGCUCCGCUGGGGGCGCAGCGCGGGUAGCCGCGGCCGGUGGGGCCCAGGCGUGCGGACCGCGGGCUCAGACUCGAGCUCGGGCUCGGGCGGCUUGGCGGAGCAGCUGGACGCGCUGGUGAAGAGGGACAAGGUGGUGGUCUUCCUCAAGGGGACCCCGGAGCAGCCCCAGUGCGGCUUCAGCAACGCCGUGGUGCAGAUCCUGCGGCUGCACGGCGUCAGCGACUACGCGGCCUACAACGUGCUGGACGACCCUCAGCUCCGGCAAGGCAUCAAGGACUAUUCCAACUGGCCCACCAUCCCCCAGGUGUUCCUCAACGGCGAGUUUGUGGGGGGCUGCGACAUCCUCCUGCAGAUGCACCAGAACGGGGACCUGGUGGAGGAACUGAAGAAGCUGGGCAUCCACUCGGCCCUGCUGGACGAGAAGCAGGACCAGGACUCGAAAUGAGGCGGCGGGACCAGACUCGCCGCCAUGAAGGCCCGACCCAGAGGGGUCCCCCGGGAGGCGCCCGCAGGCUCACACGCACCCCUCCUCCUCCCGGCCGGGCUUAGGCGGGGACUCGGGGCCUGGGGCAAGGAGGUCAGCACAGCCGUGCUGGGUCCCGCGGUCCACUCGGCCUCUCCUGCUGCCCUGGGCCUUGUCAUGUGCCCAGCUGUGCCUGACCCGCGGCGGCCCGGCCUGCAGAAGUGACCCAGCUUUCCGACCCCCCCGAUUUUUGUAUCUUGCUCUACGAAGAAAAGUGGCGGACAAGACAGCGAGGUCACUGGGCUGUGGUUUUUGAAAUAAAAUGCCAACACGG